GAGAGCCGGCGAGGAGGAGGAGGGACGGGACGGUCUGUGCCGCGGCCCCCGGCCCCUCUGCCACUUCCUGGGAAACAUGGAUGCCGGGUCGCUGGAUGCGGCAGUGCAAAGCGCUCUCCAGGCCCUGUACCCGCCCUUCGAAGCCACUGCUCCCACCGUCCUGGGCCAGGUGUUUCGGCUGCUGGAGACCAGCUACCAGGGGGAUGGGCUCUGCUGCCUGCUCCAGUUCCUCAUCCCAGCCAAGCGGCUCUUCGAGCGCCUGCGGCAGGCAGCCUGCGCUCCCUACUUUAACCGCAUCUUUCUCCAUGAAGGCUGGCCCUUAUGUCUGCACGAGAAGGUGGUUGUGCACCUCGCACCACUCAACCCCCUCCUGCUGCGCCCCGGGGACUUCUACCUGCAAGCAGAGCCCUGUGAGGAGCACACAGCACGUGUCACCAUCAAGCACCUCUCCUUGGACCUGCGCUCGGUGGAGAAGACACUUGUCCCCGAAGCCACUCAUGCACUGCUCUUCACCAAUGCGUGGCUGGAGGAGGUGAACAGCAGCUGGGCCGGAGCUCCCCUGCACACCUGCCUGGUGGCCACCGAGAACGGCGUCACCCCACUGCCGUGGAGCCGGAUUGCCACCCCUGAGUUCACCGACAAGCCCAGGGCUGGAGCUGACAGUGUGCCCGCUGGUGCCCAGCAGGAACCUGCUCCUGACACCGCACCUGAGCCUGCAGAACCUGGCACACCUGUGCCCCAUGGCACAGUGAAUGUCCCCACACCCUACAACAACAUUAUGGGCACCAUCCCAGGCUGCAAGGCCACCUCUCGGAAGUCAAGCCAGGGACGAUAUCCAGGACUGAUCAAGGUGGAGCAGGCAGGUCUGCGGAAGAAGCCAGCCAUGCUGGCUGUGCCCAGCCUCAGUGAAAUCAUCAGCCAGAACCCGGAAGGGGAGUAUGUGGACCUGCUGGAGCAAUCCCAGGAGGACCUGGAUGUCCUGACCAGAUGCCUGUUGCCCACCUGCCCUCCAGGGAGAAUAAGGGCCGGGGCCGAGGAGAUGCUCCCCCAGGCGAAUGGGGGAGCGGGAGCAGACGCCUGGCCCUGUGGGGGAGCACUGAGCUCAGAGGACAGUCCCUGCAGCCCGUGCCUGGGGAGGAAGCUGAGCCAGGAGCCAGGGCCACAUGGCCCAAAGUGCCGCCAGCGUGACUCCUACAUGGCUGCACUGCAGAACCCGGUGAGCUUCGGCUCUGGGCUGAUGGCAGCCAUCCUGGAGGAGCCAGACAGCCCCGGCUCCGAGCUGCCCCCUGCCACCCGCCGUGAGACCCCUGCACAGCAGAGGAAGGGGGCUGGCAGCCCCACGCUCCUCACCCGCCAGUCCCGCCGAGCCACUCCCGGGGUGCCGGGACAAGGGGGAUUGGUGCAGCGGGGGAGCCCCCGGCUCCCCCCAAGUUCCAGCCACAGGUUCUCCUUCCUGAAGGGCACGUGGCUCGGGACAGCCUCCGAGGAUGAAAGAGUCACCAGCCAGCACGAGGGGGCCUGGAAGAAGAUGUCAGCCAUCUAUUCGCCCAGGAUGAGCAGAGCCAGGGCAGCAGGGAAAGGUACAAAUGCAGCCACUGCUGCUCCCGUGGAGGAACGGUCCCUGGAAAGUGCCAGCUGCAAGAAUGGUCCCUCUGUGCCCAGCACUGGCACUGCUGGUCGGGAGCCUCCAGCCUGGCAGGACCUGCAUGCUGGGCUGCUGCGCUCAGGCAUCAUCUGCCUGCCAGGGAGCUCAGACAGGCUGGGCAGGGCCCUUCUCCUGGUGACUACCAGCGGCAGUGCCUGGCGGGCUGCAUGGUGCUCAGCUGCCGAGCUGACGAGGCUCAUCCUCUACCUCUGCUCCCUCCCCAGGGGCAUCCCACAGGGGCGAGGCCAUUGCCUGUGGCUGUGGGUGAAGAAUGUGGGAGGGGGCUUUGAGAGGGUCCUGCCCCAGGGAAGGACCCCCACUCCUGCUGUGUCUGCCCUCGCCAGGCAAGAAGUGAAGAAUGGUGAGAGGCGAGAAGCGAAAGAUGUUGGGCUGACGGUUGUGGUGGAUGCCAGGAAGCAGCCGCCCGCUCCCGUCCUAUUCUCAGCCCUCCGCUCUGUCCAGAGUGUCUCUCCAGGCUGCAUCCACAGCAUGCUGCUCCUGGCUGAGAAGGAACUCGUCUCCCACCGUGAGAGGCUGUCUGGGGUGCAGGUGGAGACCCUGACAUCGCUGAAGGCUCUGGGCCGCCACGUCGACAGCUCCCAGCUGCCCCCAGAGCUGGACGGUGCCUUCCCCUACUGCCACGGCGAGUGGGUUCAAUUCUUCCAGAAGCUGCAGCCCUUCACAGCCAACCUCAGGCGGGCAUCGGAGCUGCUGCAGCGCUGCAUCCAGGAGCUGCGGAACACCGACACGCUGGCAGGGACACAGGAUGCAGCUGCGGGCAUCAGGAGGCACCAGGAGCUGAUGCAGAAGGUGCUGAGUGAGCCUCAGCUGGUGCGGGUGCAGCGCGAGGGUGGGUUCGUGCUGGCCAGGCUGCGCAGGGAGGCCGCCCGCCUCUGCGCCUCCGACCACAUCAGGACCGGUAUGGAGUUGGCUGAGGGGCUGUAUAGUCAGCUGGAGGAAGAACUUCACAACCUCGUGUCCCAAUCCAACAGCUGCCUGGAGCAUCUGGAGUUCCUCCGCAAGGUUCGGGGGCUCGAGACUGAGUUUAGCAAGCUGGGGUCCUGGCUGGAUGGGGAGGCAGCGGCUCGGCUGCAGGAGAUGGGCACCGAGGACUGGAGUCCCGACAGCUGCCAGGGCUCCACUGAGCACUUCAAGGAGUUCUUCACCCAGGCCACGGCUCGGUACCAGCAUGGCCUGACCCUCUGCCAGGAGGCGGCUGAGGUCCAAGACACGACGUUCCCUGAGGCAGAUGCCUUCCAAGUGGCUGCAGCCCUUUUCCAGUCAAAGCUGAUGAGCUUCUCCAAGCAGCUGGAGCGGCGGCAGGCAGAACGGGAGCUGCUGCAGGAGCUCAUCCGGUUCUCCAACAAGGUGGCGGGGCUGAAGCUGGACUGCCGGCAGUGCUCGGCCCGGGCGCAGCGCGGGGAGGGCCAGGCACUGCGGUGCCUGCAGACGUCCUUCCAAAAGCUCUCGGUGGAGUUCGCCCGGGAGAAGCUGCAGGAGAUGAAGGCUCAGGUGUGCAGGAUGCAGAGCAGCCAAGGGUUGGCAGCCUGGACAGAGGCACAGCACAGGUACCAGGAGACCCGGCAGAUCCUGGAGGAGAUGCUGGCGGAACUGCAGGAGGCCUGGGGAGCACAAGCUGAUGGGCAGGGAGACUCCUCCAAGCCAGCAGUGUUGGGGGACAGAGGGUUGGUAGAGCAGCCAGAGACCAGCACUGAGGGGCCAGGACAGCCCCAGGGGCCAGAACAGUCCCAGCCCAGCACCACUCCUGACUCCACGCUGGGUGUGGAGCAGAGGUCUCUGCAGCCCCACUGCUGGCUGGGGCCUCAGGGUGCCCAAUCCUCUCAUCACCACAUCUCUGCUGACACCCUCCAUCCCAAACCCAAGAGCAAAGUCGGCCUGGGAGUGGAAGGACACCUCGCCCAGGAGCACAGCCGGUCCCCUCGGAGGCGUCCCUUCACCCUGCCUCCCUGGAUACGCUUUCCAGGUGCUGACCCACCAUGUCCUACUGCUGUGCCCCAUGGGACUGCCUCAGAUCCCAGCACACCUGGUGCACCAGCAGGGCCACGGGCAGAAGCUGCCCAGUACUUCCAGAUUUCCAGCCAGAGCAGUUUUUCCUCUGAAGACUCAGAUUCACAGAACUCUGUGGAAGAAGCCCCAACAGCAAGCCUGGCUUUGCCCAGGGACCUCCAGAGUCCCAGACCACGCUGCUCACCUGAAAAGGCCCACCAGAUCAUUUACAUGGAGAACCACCACACUGAUCGUUCAGCUAAAGCAAAUGCCAAGUAACCAGUUCCUCCAUGGGGCUGUUUCUGUCCAGCUGCAUAAGUCUCGAUCACAGACUGGAUGAGACUUCCUGUGCUCAAAGGUGAGAUGCUGGAACUUCUUACCCCACCCUCAGUCCCAGAAUCUUUGUCUCCCUGUCCUUAGUGCUCUCCCUGCCAUGGGUCAGCAGUAAUUCCAUCACCACCUCACAGGGUUCAUUCACAAUCUACCAAAUGUGUAGCAAUCCUCCCAUAAAGUGCCUUUAUCCCUACCAGUACCAGCCUUGUCUCAGGCAGUGGGGAGGGUUCCCACAUUAGAAGCUGUGUCUGGAGCAUGCCAGGGCAGUGCAGACCUGUGAGAUGUUCCUGUCACUGGCUGUGUCUCUGCUCCACUGGAUGGUUUUACCAUCCCUAUGCUGCAUCCCUGGCUGAGCCCCAGCGGCCCUGGGUUUGUGUGCACUCAUUAAGACGGGACUAACUCCAUUAACAUUAAUAAACCUGAAGAGAAGCACCUGGAUGGUCCUCAUGGAGGAGAGUGAGAAGUUGUGUCCCACUGAGACCCAGCUGCUGGGCUUCUCACCCAGGUUCCAGCUGCUCCCACCACCCCAGCACAGUGCCCACAGGCAGCUGGUGCCACCAAGAAUGUCCCCUGUGCCCCCUACAUGGGCUGUGCUCCUCUUUGCUGCCAGCACCUUGUUCCUGCUCAAAGGAGCCUUUUGUAAGGGUUAAGUGCCUCAGUCUCUUGUUCUCCCUCCCAGUACAUGAGCAGAGUGGUGUCAUCCUGCCCAACCUUCCCACUCUGUUUUGGGAACGCGCUGUCCUGAAGCCUUUGGGACCCGUUUGGCCUGGGUGCAACCUUGCUGAUCCCAGUCCAAAGCUGCCUGAGGUCCCCAGAGACCCUGUCCCUGCAGGCGUGUCCCUGCACUGCCCGUUUGGGCAUCCGGGAGCGGGUGACGGCGGGACCCUGACUGCCGGGGCCAGGCACUGGCCAGCCACCCCCUGGGCAGCCACAGCAUGAGCUAAUCAAGAGACAUCAGAGGAGAAGCAAUCUCUGCCUUGGAGGCCGUUCCAGAAAAAUACACUCCUCCUCCCAGCCCAGCGCGGUCAUGGCUCGCACCCUGCGGGAUGCUGCGCCUCGGCAAAGGGCAGCACCCAUCCCAGUCUGGCUGAGCAUCACUCAUACCCCCCUCAGCCUUGUUUUUGCCAGAUCCUCGAGCCAAGCCCCGCUGAGCUCCUUACAGCCCCAGCUGCCCGCCGUGGGCGCCACGCUCCCCCUGUCUGGGUCAUUACUGAAGCAUUAACGGGACCGACCCCGGCCCUGCCCUGUCACAGAACCUCUGCCUGUCACCACUCAUAGUCCUACCCAAUUGUCUGCUCUUUACUUCUCCCUACAAUUUUUUUUAGCCUCCAUCUUCCCCAGCUCAACAUGGGUUUCCCUACUGACAAUUCUGUCCCCUGCUCCACUGAAAUCCUGGUCACUGACUCCAUCCCAUUCCUUUUGGUUUAAAAGUCAUUGUCCUAGAGAACCCAGACAAGUCAGCCCAGCCUGUCCUGUGCAAGCCUAGAGUUCAUUCCAUUCUCCAGUAAUGCCACGUCCUGAAUGGCACCAAGGUCACCAAGCCAGGACAUUCCUACCUCUUCAUGAUAUAUCCCUGCUCCCCAUCCCCGUGCCCUACAGCUGAGUGUGCCCACUCCCCAUCCCAUGUGGCCAGUGCAAGCCAUGCCCACCUGCAUGGGGCCCAGCCCACUGUGAGAGCCAAAAAUCUUUCCUCCCUCCAGCAUCAUUCCAAGCCAAGCCUGGCAGUUCCCUUGCUCAAUUUUCUGCUCUGUUGAGAGCUGAUCUGCUGUAUCCCCCCAUUACAGCUUUUAGGUUGGAGAAGUAGCACUUUCCAGCGAGAAAGAGAGUCAUUUUUCAAACCAGAUGGAAUUAAUGCUUCUUCUGAAUAAAGUAAA